UCUCUAGGUGAGCCCUUCUGCUUCACAUCACGUCCCUCUGCUCCCUGACCAGGGCAGAUGCUUCUGUACCCGAUGAAGCCGCAGAACCUUCCAGCCUGGCAGCCCUAGCACAGACUCCUCCGUGGACCUGCAGAAGCUUCGCCCGUGCCCACCAUGUCAGGGAGUCACACACCCUCCACCAGUGGUCCCUUCUCAGCUCUGACCCCGAGCAUGUGGCCCCAGGAGAUUCUGGCCAAAUACACCCAGAAGGAAGAGCCCGGAGAGCAACCAGAGUUCUACUACGAUGAGUUUGGUUUCCGUGUGAACAAAGAAGAUGGAGCCGAUCCCAGUUCGGGCCAGCUGCCGGGGGGGUCUGUGGUGGAGGACCCCGCUCAGAGGCUGCGGUGGCAGGCCCACCUGGAGUUCACUCACAACCACGAUGUGGGAGACCUCACCUGGGACAAGAUCGCCGUGUCCCUCCCUUGCUCCGAGAAGCUCCGCUCCCUGGUACUGGCCGGCAUCCCGCACAGCAUGCGGCCACAGCUGUGGAUGCGUCUCUCGGGGGCCCUGCAGAAGAAGAAGAGCUCGGAGCUGUCCUACCGAGAGGCUGUGAAGAACAGCUCCAACGAUGAGACCAUUGCCGCCAAGCAGAUCGAGAAGGACCUGCUCCGCACCAUGCCCAGCAACGCCUGCUUUGCCAACGUGAGCAGCAUCGGGGUGCCCCGUCUGCGCCGGGUUCUCCGAGCGCUGGCCUGGCUCUACCCCGAGAUUGGCUACUGCCAGGGCACAGGCAUGGUGGCCGCCUGCCUGCUGCUGUUCCUGGAGGAGGAGGACACCUUCUGGAUGAUGUGCGCCAUCAUCGAGGACCUGCUCCCGGCCUCCUACUUCAGCACCACGCUGCUGGGGGUGCAGACGGACCAGCGGGUGCUGCGGCACCUCAUCGUGCAGUACCUGCCCCGCCUGGACAAGCUGCUGCAGGAGCACGACAUCGAGCUGUCCCUGAUCACGCUGCACUGGUUCCUCACGGCCUUCGCCAGCGUCGUGCACAUCAAGCUGCUGCUGCGCCUCUGGGACCUGUUCUUCUACGAGGGCUCCCUGGUGCUCUUCCAGACCACGCUGGGCAUGCUGCGCCUCAAGGAGGAAGAGCUGAUCCAGUCAGAGAACUCAGCCUCCAUCUUCAACACCCUGUCAGACAUCCCGGCGCAGAUAGAGGACGCGGAGCUGCUGCUGGGGGAGGCCAUGCGGCUGGCCGGCUCCCUCACCGACGUGGCCGUGGAGACCCAGCGCCGCAAGCACCUGGCUUACCUGAUCGCAGACCAGGGCCAGCUCCUGGGCACCAGCGCCACCGCCAACCUCUCUCAGGUGGUGCGGAGACGGACCCAGCGCCGGAAAUCUGGCAUUACCUCCCUGCUCUUCGGAGAGGACGACCUGGAGGCACUCAAGGCCAAGAACAUCAAGCAGACAGAGCUGGUAGCCGAUCUCCGCGAAGCCAUCCUCCGCGUGGCACGCCACUUCCAAUGCACGGACCCCAAAAAUUGCAGCGUGGAGCUGACCCCAGACUACAGCAUGGAGAGCCACCAGCGCGAUCACGAGAACUACGUGGCCUGUUCACGCAGCCACCGGCGCCGGGCCAAGGCCCUGCUGGACUUCGAGCGGCACGACGACGACGAGCUGGGCUUCCGCAAGAACGAUAUUAUCACGAUUGUCUCGCAGAAGGACGAGCACUGCUGGGUGGGAGAGCUCAACGGCCUACGAGGCUGGUUUCCCGCCAAGUUUGUGGAAGUCCUGGACGAGCGGAGCAAGGAGUACUCCAUUGCCGGGGAUGACACUGUGACUGAGGGCGUCACAGACCUCGUGAGAGGGACCCUCUGCCCAGCCCUCAAGGCCCUGUUUGAGCAUGGACUCAAGAAGCCAACUCUGCUCGGGGGUGCCUGCCAUCCCUGGAUGUUCAUUGAGGAGGCAGCGGGCCGGGAAGUAGAAAGAGACUUUGACUCGGUGUAUUCACGCCUAGUGCUCUGUAAGACCUACAGGUUGGAUGAAGAUGGCAAAGUCCUGACCCCGGAGGAGCUGCUGUACCGGGCAGUGCAGUCAGUGAACGUGACCCAUGACGCAGCGCACGCACAAAUGGACGUCAAGCUUCGUUCCCUCAUCUGCGUGGGGCUCAACGAGCAGGUCCUGCACCUGUGGCUGGAGGUGCUGUGUUCCAGUCUGCAGACAGUGGAGAAGUGGUACCAGCCCUGGUCGUUCCUGCGCAGCCCAGGCUGGGUCCAGAUCAAGUGUGAGCUCCGUGUCCUCUGCUGCUUCGCCUUCAGCCUCUCCCAGGACUGGGAACUGCCUGCCAAGAGAGAGGAAGAGAAGCAGCCGCUGAAGGAGGGCGUGCAGGACAUGCUGGUGAAGCACCACCUCUUCAGCUGGGACAUAGACGGCUGACCUCGUCUUUGCAGCCUCCGGAGCAGCGUC